AUGUCCACACCCGCCCCGCCAUCUCGUCAGGAUGCUUCAGGCGGACACAGCAUUAGAAGCAUAGAGAAAGUGUCGACCACCAUGACAUUCAUUGAGCCGUGGGAUCAAAAGGCCAAGGGCAACCCUUUCUACCGAUCUGCAGCAGCUCCCGGCAUGGAGACUGUCAAUUUCAACUGGGUCGAUGACCAAGUAACUGUGUCCAAUGCCAGAACGGUUCGGGAUGAGUUCACCUUGGACCGCAAUGGCUUUGCCUACGUGGAAGAUCCCGGGACUCUUGAUUCGAAUCUCUUAGAGGCUCUUCGUGGCGCUAAAGAGGGGGCGGUCGAGCGUCUAUAUUACCCGAAAGUCGAAUCCCUAAUCAUGAGCAUAACGGGCGCAUCGCGCGUGAUUGUUUUCGAUCACACCUUGCGCAAGCGGGACCCAGGCCGUGACAGUAAGGACAACACGGACGGAAAGGAGCAGCCUGCUACAACGGUGCACUGCGACCAGUCCGGGAAGGGCUCACUCAGGAGACUUCGCCAAAACCUCGCCGCACAUGAAGACUACGAGUCUAUAUUGAAAGGCCGUGUGCAGAUGAUUAAUGUUUGGCGUCCAUUGAACGGCCCAGUGGUUGAUUGGCCCUUGGCGCAGAUGGACUACACGACACUCGAUCCCAAGCAUGUCCAUCCGUGUGACUUGUGGCGCGGAGAGUACGAGGAGCGCGGGCAGACGGUCACCAUAGAGCACGACCCUGGACAGCGCUGGUGGUACUUGGGUGGUCAUAGUACAGAGGAGGUGACGCUGCUGAAAAUAUGGGACAGCUGGGGUCAUCGUGGCGUUGCCGACGUCUGCGCUCACGCGGCUUUCAAGCACCCUGACACCCCUGCAGAUGCUGCUCCGAGAGAGAGUGUGGAAGUUCGCUGCCUGGCGUUGCAUGAGCCUGGUAGAUGA